CAACCACAGGUGAUGUCCAUAUAGUCUUUGAAGCCUCAAAGAUGGCAGACCCGCAGAAAGAAGUUACAAGAUUCCUGGAUGGGAAAGAAACAAAAGAAACGGAUAUCCAGUCUCAAGACGAAGACAGUGAUGAAGCAUAUUAUAGCGCUUGCGAAUCUAUUUGGACUUUUGAGACAAAACCAGACAAGAAGGUGCUAAAUGUUGAUCCCUCCUCGGGGGAGAUAGAACCACUUUGCGACUUAAAGGAUUCAUUUCGGCAAAUAUAUCGUGCUAACCUGAAAGAAGUACAAAGUGGCAGUAUAGUGUUUGUGUUUGAGCACGAAACCAAAAAGGAUGCUAUACAGAUGAUAAGGAGGCAUCGGGAAGUAGAACACCUGAUAUUACACUGCUUGCGUCAAAUCGACUCCGAAGUUGAGGACAUAACACUUCACAUAAAACUACAAGACCUGAGUCAGUCUGAAAGGAAAGCGGAUACAACAGAAACCCGAAUGGGUCUGUGCAUGAGAACAGAAUCGCCUUCAUUGGCUGAAACGAGUGGAUACCGUGAGUAG